AUGCUGUCGUACAUGGUCCCCGUGGAAGAAAAGCCCCCUCCAGCACCCGGGAAGGGGCGACUUGCGUUGGAACUGGUUGCCAGCCCCGGGAGCCCUGAAUCAACUGUAAGGAAGGCUCGGAGCAACAUCUCUAAGGAUUCUUCGACGAACUCCUUCGCGAGCGAUCUUACUAUAUCAUCCUCGACCCCAACUGGAGCCCAUGAUAAACCCAAACAUAAACUGCUUAGCAAUGGCAGUAAACACACAUCAUUGAAAAGGGUGUCAUUUGGGAGUUCAAAAGGAUCAAUGGUGGAAACUCUAAUUUACGAGAGCCCUCUACAGGAGGAACCAGAGAGCAGUCCGCCACCGAACGUGCAAGAGACUUCGUUCCCCUACACACCCGUCGAAGACGAAUCAGAGCGCUCAAAAGUACGUGUGUCAUUUUAUCAAGGAGUAAGACCUCAGUGUCUCUCUCCGCCACCCGCGGUGCCAGAACCAGAUUCACAUAUUCUGUACGCAAAUCUGCUAUCGACCACUGCCAACUCCGAUAUGGCUGAGCACACAAUGUACAAUAGGCAGAUCAGCACGGAGAGUGGUUGGGAUAACCCAUUUCGUCCUGACGGCGAUUUAAGCCGUGAGGCGGAUGAGAUCGUAUCACUUAUAAAAGGCGGAAAACCCAUCACCCCGACGCCUACUGCUGUACCGCAAUUAGCCAUUUGCGAUGAAGAGGAGAAGGUGCAUGCGAAUAAUGUCAAAGCCAGCCCACCAUCAUCUCCUCAAACAAAAGUUGCAAGUCCAGUGCAACAGCAGAGUCCACCAAAAGCUAUGAAUGGUACCAAAAACGGUACCGUAGUAACAGAGCAUCGUCCAGGGCAAGUUGAAGUUCAGCGUUCACCUCCACAAGAGCCGCUUCAACCUGAACAUGUCACCAUCAAGAAGAAACCCAAAUGCAAAUGCUGUGUCAUUCAGUAA